GUGACAUUGGCAUCACGAGAGGACAGGUAGUGCAUGUACUGUUUUCAACAUUUUACCUUAUUUUAAGUCGAAUUAACUUUAAAUUCAGUCUAUAUGAAUGGAGUUUAAGACUAUAAAGCCUGACAUUACACGGCAUUGGCACAAUGAGGCUGACCACGUUGUUGGCGAUGGCUAUGAGGGUGGUGGUGCCCAAAGACUAUCGUUACGGCACAAACAGACCGUGGACUCAGGCGGCAAAGAGACUGAAUCCCCCUGGUAAGAAACGGAGGAAGGUGUUUGUGGAGCCCAUAGCCCCAGAAGACUGGAGUGUGUUCAGAGGAGACAGGGUUGAAAUUCUCACAGGAAAAGACAAAGGAAAACAAGGAAAAGUCAUCCAAGUUUUCAGACACAGAAACUGGGUUAUGUUGGAGGGGCUCAAUACACAUUACAGAUAUGUUGGAAAAACCCCAGAUUAUCGAGGGACCUACAUCGCCACAGAAGCUCCUCUCUUGGUCCGAGAUGUGGCCCUUAUUGACCCCUCUGACAGGAAACCCGCAGAAGUAGAGUGGAGGUUCACGGAGGAGGGAGAGAAGGUGCGUGUCUCUCUCAGAACAGGUCGAAUCAUCCCCAAACCUGUGGUGGAGAGAAGAGAUGGCAUCGUCCCACAACAAUGGAAAGAUGGUCCCAAGGACACCAGUCCUGACGAUGCUCUUGCAAAGACUUAUGUACCCUCACUGAAGACUUUGGAGGAGGAGGUGAUGGAAAAGAUGGGCAUUGUGGAGAACAGGAGGCACAAGAGGUCUUAUUGGUAUUAACCUGUAUAAAGGUGCACUGCAUAACUUUUCUGGUGGAAGGUCCACCACCUGCUUGUCUCCAUGGAUGUGUUGUUGCUUUGUGUUGAAAGUUCCACAGUAUGGCAUUAAGCAUGUCUACCAGGCAAAGUUACAGGUCUGGGGAGAGGCAACCCCACUCAUAGUAAGAAUACAUGUUUUUCAGUGCAUUUUUGAGCACAAACACCGUAUUUGUAUAAAUGCUAGAACAUAAGUCCAAAAGCAUACUGUGGAACAUUAAAGGCAAAGUUAUAGAAUCGGCAUGGAAACGAGCACAUGGCAGACCCUCUACCAAAAAAGUUACACAGAGCACCUUUAUUUACCAACAAAUUAUUGUCCAGAUUACUUUUAUUGGACAAAGAAAAUAUAUCACCAGAUUGUCCAAUAGACACAUAUUCACUGUAAAAUUCAAUAAUGUUCUUUUGAGUUUUCAUAUGUUUGUUUGUUGUAUAAAUAAAUGUGACCGUUAAGUUAU